GUCUACAAACCCAAUGCUCCAAUAAAUACCAACCAUGUACCAAGCCACCAAAGCAUUACACAAUUAGUUCACGGUUUCCAUUCUGAAGAAAGAAACCAACAUUUGAAACUUAAUCAUCUUCGUAGCCAGAAUCAAUUCAACUUUUAUUAUACCUUCCUUUAAUGGCUUCUGUGUUCCUGGAUAUUGGUUAAUGUUCCUUGUCUCUUUUAGUAUUAUCAGAAAUCCGUGGCGGGAAUUUGGAGUAGGACAAAAGGUCAAAUUGUCUCAGUUUUUUAUUCUUUUUCGUUCAUCAGAGUUCUAAUGAAAUUGUUGGUGUUUUUGUGGAAUGGAGUAGGAUUAGAGAGGUUAGUGGUUUGAGGAUCAGGACAGUAUAAUCCGAAUUCCUGCCACGAGUUUCAAGUUAGUUAUGUUAGUUAAAGAGGAUAGCUAGGCUAACGUUCAAGUAUGGAGCCUCUAUGUGAGUUUUGCGGGGUGGCGGUGGCAGUGGUUUACUGCAAAUCUGAUUCGGCCCGGCUUUGCUUGGGCUGCGAUAAUCUUGUGCAUUCUGCCAAUUUCUUCUCGCGCAGGCAUCUUCGAUCACUCCUGUGCGACAAAUGCAGCUCGCAUCCUGCGAAUGCCCGCUGUGUGACUCAGAAAAUGUCUCUGUGUCAAAGUUGCGAUUGGUCUGGAAAUGGCUGCUCUGGCCAGGGGCAUUCAUUGCAGGCGUUGAGUUCUUAUUCGGGGUGUCCUUCUCCGGCUGAAUUCUCAAGGAUAUGGUCCUCUGUUCUUGAUGUGCCUCCUUCUAGUAGUUUUGAUGCUGGUUUGGGUCCCAUUACUACAUUGCCCAUCAAUGAGAAUUGCCUCGGCAAUUGUUUGGAGAAUACUGGUAAUGAGGGGUCGUCUGGGUUGGUGGCAGGCAAGUUGAAUGAGUUACAACCUUGCUCCAAAUUUGAGCCUUGGAACAGCCAGUCUACUAUGCUACCCAUUCCAAGUUGCCUACCCCCAUUUGGAAAAGAUCAAGCACUUGUCUUACCGGAAGGAUCAAACCUGCCCAAGGGACAAUCUGGUUACAAGAAUCUUGAACUUAAUGAUAAUGAAGGUCUCUGCAGAGGUCUUACCAUGGAUGACCUUGCAUUGAAUUUGGAGAGCUGUGAUGAGAUAUUUGAAUCUUCACGAGGCCACUCGGCAUAUGAUUUUGAGGAUGGAGGAACAGAUUACCAAUUGAUAGACAAAAAUUUAUCUGCCAGUGAAUCUAAUGGUCAUGUUGAGAAUGCUAUAGAGGCAACAUCAUCAGGACAGCAAGAAUGCAACGGAUUCCAAUCCUCAUGCGUUACAGGGUCAGCCAAUCUCAUGCAGUCUAUGAGUGGCAUUUCUAAUAGCAUGCUUAUGAAUCCCAGCUACAACAGGAAUAUAAACCUUUUCUCAGUUGCACAAGUUCCUUCAAGUAUUUCGUUUUCAUUAUCCAACAUUACUGGUGAAAGUAGUGUUGUUGAUUAUCACGAUUGUGGCUUAUCUCCAAUGUUUCGGGGUGAAUCACCAUGGGAGUCAAAUUUGGAAGUCAGGUGCCCACAGGCAAGGGAUAAAGCUAAGAUGAGAUACAAUGAAAAGAAGAAAUCGCGAACUUUUGGUAAACAAAUAAGAUAUGCUUCCCGUAAAGCCAGAGCUGAUACUAGAAAGCGCGUGAAAGGCCGAUUUGUAAAGGCUGGUGAAGCAUAUGACUAUGAUCCUCUUGUAGCAAGGACCUUCUAGUCAGAAAUUAUGAAGGAUUUCAGUUCAUGUAUAAGCCGGUGAACGACAGUGUGGUGACUCCCAUAAGGUUGAAGUGCUCUUUCCCUUGCCUCUUCGAAACUUGAUCCUCGUCUUGCUUUCGCCAUCAGCUUCACUAGUCUUUCUUUGGGGCAUUGUCUUCACUGCAGGACAAUUUUGGUAUCCCAGUCAUGGCAUCAACUAGUUUUUUUUUUUUUUUCAUUCUUUUUUUGUUGUGCAAUAAGAUCCAAGUAACUUCACUGCAAGAUGUAUGGAAAAGAACUCUGAGCUCAGCUAUGAUAAAUAAUAAGUUCAUCUGCAUUUUUCAUUGUACUUUUUGAGUAUUUUA